AUGGUAGCCAGCCUAGAUGUCUUUGUAAAGCGGCCGAGCGCACGGCGAACGCAGCGCAAGGAGCGUGCGCGGCUGGCCCGGGAACUUCUGCGCCGGCAUCAGGUGGUCCUCCUCGCCGAGCCCUUCCUUCCUUCCAUCCUCCCGGAGCGGAUCCCCCUCGACGCGCGCCCAGGUAACCGAUGCCCGGAGCCGGGCACCCACCUCGCCCAGUGGCGCCCGGGCCACAACAGCAGCCACGCCGUGGUGCUCGGCCGAGGGGAGGCGCUGCGCUUGGAGAGCUCGGCCACCUUGCAUUCCCUAGUGAUCCGGGACGGAGGGAUCUUAGUAUUUGCAGAUGAUCCAGAACAGCCCAUCACUUUGCGGGUGCGUAGCAUCCUCCUGGAAGAUGGGGGGGCACUCUAUGUGGGCACUGAGAGUUGCCCCUACCAUUCGAAAGCUGUCAUCUCCCUGUACGGCAAAGCCACUGAAGGCGACGAAGUGGAAGGCUAUGGCAAGAAAUUCCUGGGUGUUGGCAGCGGUGGGAUUUUGGAGUUGCACGGCAGGAAGCCUCGAUCUUGGACACUGCUGGAUAAAACCUUGUACCCUGGUGGGCUUCAGUAUGGCCCUUAUGUUUCUGAGAAGCACUGGAGCAGCCGCGGCCUCAACAUCCGAAUAGUUGAUGUGGACAUGGCCCGGGUGGUGGCUGCUGAUCGCUUUGACACUCACCUCCUUGUGGAUGAAAACCAGAGGUUAAGGGAGUUCCUUGCUCGUCAGUCCCCAGGCAAAGCAGUAGCCAUUGCAGUGGGGGAUUCUGCAGCGAAGAGCUUGACUUUAGAGACCCGACUGUUUCUCAGAGACCUGCUCCAUAGUGAAUUCAUCGUGCAUCUGGGAUACAGGCAGCCCUGGGCUCUGGUUGGGAUCCUUGGGGGCCACCCGUCUUCAACAACGGAAGAUGCAAAGCCUUCCCAAGGGAAUGGAACAACAGGGCUUGCGAUCGCGGCAAAAGACUUUCAGACCGUUGAUGGUGUCGGCUUUAGAAUCACUGCUUUUAGUGGCUGGAUCAAGGGAGUGCCCCAUCAUGGAUUUAAAGUAGAAGUGUCUGAAGGCAUAAUUUUGGAUUUGGUGGACGAAGUGUCGAGCUGGUUACCUGGAGACAGAAUUGUAGUUGCGAGCACCGACUAUUCCAUGCAUCAAGCGGAAGAGUUUGACCUUCUGCCUUGCCCUGAAUGUGGGACCAACCAAGUGAAGAUCGAUGGUAAUCCGCAAUACCUUCACAUGGGUGAAAUUGUAGAUGGUGUGGACGCGAGAGCUGAAGUGGGCCUCUUGACUCGCAAUAUACUUAUCCAAGGAGAGAUGGAGGAUGCUUGUUAUGGGCCAAAUCACUGCCAGUUUUUCAACUUUGACACAUUUGGAGGGCAGAUUAAAAUCCAAAGGAAUUUCACCUCCGUCCACAUGGCAGGUGUGGAGCUGACAAACAUGGGCCAGCAAAUCUUGGGCAGCUAUCCUGUGCAUUUUCAUCUGACGGGUGACGUGGAUGAGAAAGGAGGCUAUGACCCGCCGUCAUACCUGGACAACCUAGCCAUCCACCACUGCUUCUCGAGGUGUGUUGCCAUCCAUGGAGCUCAUGGCCUUUUGGUGAAAGAUACCAUUGGCUAUGAUACCCUGGGGCACUGUUUUUUCCUGGAAGAUGGGACUGAGCAGCGAAACACCUUUUAUCACAACCUGGCUCUCCUUACCAAGGCUGGCACGAUCUUGCCCACAGACCGCAACGAAGCCAUGUGCCUUGCGAUACGCAGUAAUGUCUAUGGGGAUUACAUUCCCAUACCCAGCACAGACUGCAUGGCCGUCAGCUCCUUUUGGAUUGCUAACCCGAACAAUCAUCUGAUAGAGAACGCAGCAGCUGGUGCUCAGGAUGUUGGGAUGUGGUAUAUCUUCCACCGGGUUCCUACUGGGCAGUCUGAGGGGCAGUAUCCAAUAGGGCAGUCCGAAUUGACUCCUUUGGGGACGUUCUACAACAACAGAGUCCACUCCAACUUCAAGGCUGGCUUGUUUAUUGGCAAAGGAGUCAAGACGACAAAAGCCAGUGCUGCAAAUCCGAGAGAGUAUCUAACAGUGGAUAAUGCCAGGUUCCGCCCACACCAAGAUGCCGACGCUGAAAAGCCACGGGUUCCUGCUGUCAUAGAUGGCCUUGUUGCUUUUAAAAAUAAUGACCACGGGGCCUGGGCCCGGGGAGGCGACAUUGUUUUCCGUAACUGUGGUUUCUCAGACAAUGGAAUUGGACUUACACUGGCUAGUGAUGGAACUUUCCCCAUCGAUGAAGGUUGCAGCCUAGAGGUGACUCAUUCUAUCUUCGUUGGUGAAAGCGACAACAUCGGCUCCCGUGGAGGACAAAACAGCUACUGGGGAAGAGGGGCCAAUGGGGAAUUCAGGGCACUGCCCCGGAACAAGACUUUUCCAAUCCGUGGCUUCCAGAUAUAUGACGGUCCCGUCCGAUUGACAAGAUGCACUUUCAGAAAGUUUACCCCCACCGCUGACAGAUACUCAAGCGCCAUUGGCUUCUUCAUGAAGAACGCUUGGCAAAUGAGUCCCAAGAACAAUGUGUCACUAGUCAGAAUGGAGAGAAGUGUUGGGCUCCAGGUGUUCUUUGGCGCACCAGGCCAGUGGUUUGGAGACAAUAAUAAUGACGGUGACAAAAUGUCAAUUUUCCAUGAUUUGGAUGGUUCAGUGACGGGUUAUCCUGGCACCUUUGUGGGCAGAGCAGACAACUAUCUGAUUCGGCACCCUGGCUGCCUUACUGUCCCACGGUGGAAUGGAAUGAUAUGUGCCGGGAAAUAUGCACAGCUCUAUGUUCAGGCCAGACGUCCUGAGAAUUUGACCUUAUCCAUUGCCAGAGCAACAUACCAUUCUCAUCCUUUGAGUCUACGCGGAGUGAAUCGAGGGGUCUCGUACCAACAGUACCAGCCAGUGGUGAUGCUGGCUCAAGCCUAUAUUGUCCAGUGGGAUGGCAGAGCCCCAGAGGAGGUCAUUCUUUAUCUGGUCAACUUCAACAAGGGAGACUGGCUGCAGGUUGCCUUCUGCUACCCCAAGGGAACGGUUUUCAAUGUCAUGGGGGAUCUUUACCAGAGACAGACAGGGAAAGCACACAGUGUGAAACGCUACAUGGCCACCACUUCCCGCCAUGGCGUGUUGAAUGGGGCUGGCGAGCGGCGCUUUUAUUUCGACAGUGUGUCAGGGUACCUGUUUGUCCACCUUCAAGCACACGAAGUUCGCAAAGGACACAGCUAUUGCUCUGAACAUGGCUGUGAACGGGUUAAAAUAAUGGCCUUAAUGACCCCUGGAGUUUCCUGGAAGUGUGCUCCUAACCCUUUCUGGGAAAACGAUAUUGGGAGGCAGACUUUGCGGCCCUCGAGGAUUCUGCAGCGGGCAGCGCCUUGCAGUCAGUGCGGGGCUCCUCAGGUUGCUAUCACUAGUACCCCUUCAGUUAAAUAUACGAGGGUCCAGAUUCAGUCCGUUAGAAGAGCUGACAUAGAGAAUUACGCUAGGCUGGCUUUCAUUAAGGUCAAUGAUGACAUCAUCUUGUUCCGCAGCCGGGGGUUACUCUUCCUUGUUCUAGACGCAAGCUCCGGCGCCAUUGUGAGCAGGAGGCACUUUGACGAAGCCAGUGCUGCAAAUGUUGCUGGCAGGGUAACCAGUUACGUCGAGAGUUUUGUCAAAGAGAGAUCGAUUGUUCUUGUGUGCUCUCGGGAUAUUCCAGGAGGAUGGGGAGCCUCUGAGAUGUCGGUAUUCUCAUCAUUAGGUUCAGCAAAGCCUGUUAUUUUCCACAAAGGAGGUAGUUUUGCUAUGCUUGGAUAUAAAGGGAGCCCCAGACGCUCUUGGAUUAAAGUCUGCAACCACGCUGCUGAUCAGAAAUCUGCCUCUGUCAAAUAUUAUGUGCCCCUCAUUCAGAGGAGAUACAGCUAAAGCUGCCAAGACUUGGGGCAACAGAGGUCACAAAUCCAUGGAAGCGAGGGAACCCGCACAACUGAAUCUGCAGUAUCAGGGACGUCGCAUAAAUCAAAUGUCUGUUUUUUACGAGAUUGUAUCAUGAAGUGCUUUUUGAAAACAAUCAUUUUUAUAACUAAUAAAUAUA